UCGAAAAAAACAAAACUCGCAACUUCAUUCCAAUGAGGUAAUAUACCAUGUAACAUAGCGUCAGAUAGCAUGAAAGUAAAUAAAACCACCCCUUCGGUGUAAUGGUUUCGGCCGUUACCAUUGAUCACAGUAAUCUUUUGACCUCUCGAACGAAACCAGUCAGCAGGUUGUUGGGACACCUCAGUCGGGCCCAAACAACAACACAGCAACAGUAGCUUCACGUCGACAAGCUAUUACUGCGCUGGUGAAAUGGAGGAAGGUCUCCGUGGAGAAGAAGACGCCCUCUGGCGAAAGCUGAGGGACCUGCCAACUCUGUUUCAACUUAACAUACCGCGAAUGGCAGAGGCAAGCUUCAGCAAGGUCAUCACAAAACUACGGACGGAGAAACGCCAGGUUCCUGAAGAGGUCGACGAAGACGUGAGGUCAGAAAAUCUGCUGGCGUUCCUGCUGUUGUACAUUGACAAGAUCGAGGAGGCCAAACCGCACAUCGAUUCCGUUCUCAACGAAGCCGACCCUAAUCUGGUCGCGCUCGGAAACAUAUGCGCUUACCACCUCAAAAUGUAUGAUGUUACAGAAGCCAUGAAUGACUUGCGUACAAUGGAAUCGAUUAUAAAAGUAAACGACCAAGUUGCGGAAAAUAAAAAGGCGAUAGCAAUAGGAGAACAAGGCUAUUGUUUGUCCAGGCUUGGGCCUAAGUGUCAUCAAAUGGCUGUGGAGAAAUUUCGCGAAGCUCUCGGUUGUGGACCACCGGACUACAAGCUAAAAGUCAAAUGGAACUAUGGGUUAGCCUUGUGCCUAGAUCGUCUCCUUGAUAGGCACGCUUUUGUGGAAGAUCCCAAGUUCAAACCAACUGAGGUUUACGAAGAAGCAAAGCGUUGUCUGGCGCUGGUAACUGGAAGUGACAUACAAGAUUUCUGUGGAAAAGGAUGGGUGGCAUUAGGCGAGGUCCACAGUAAGUAUGUAAAGAUAGAUCGCAAGUACUUUGAAUGCAACAGAAAACCCGAAGUUCUCAGCAACCACCAAAUCGAUGAGUGUUUUGAGAAAGGUUUAACCGUUGCUUCUGAUGAUCAUUUCGUACUAGAGAGGGCGGGUCGUCACUACAGACACAGGAAAAGAGUCGAUGAGGCGAUAAAAUGCCUGGAGAAAGCGAACAUAGUCCGCCCUUCUGCAUUUGCGUGGCACCAUCUUGGGCUGGCCUACAGAUCAAAAGCGCCACGCGGAAGAACUAGUCAUGGAUCCUCUCCUGGAUGGAGAGGAAGAAGUCGUCAGAGGGGUAAUCAAUAUUGGGGAGCGUCACCAGAAAACGGAGCACAUUGCAAUUGGUACCAAAGUUCUACUCCGUCUAGGGGAGGGAGAGGGGGGCGGGGCCGUCCGGGUGGGCGGGGCCGCGGCAUGGGCAGAGGCAGGUUUGACCAUGGCAACAUAAAUACUAGUCACCAUGAUGUGAGACAGCAAGUUGGAAGGGGUCGCCCUUGGUCUCCACAAGUCCAGUGGAAUCCAGACGGAAGAAAUCAGACAGGCCUGGGAGGGCAAAGUCCGGAGGGUGCCGACACAAUACACGGGUACAAAGGCUAUGGAACGAACGUACCGUUGAGGUAUCAAAACCCUGCAAGAGGUGGCAGAGGCGAACGAGCGCGAACAAGACGUAGAGGGUAUUGUGGCGGACAAGGAAGUUCCCAAACCCGCUACGACAACGACGGUGCAAGUAGUCUGACACACGAAGUACAAAGUGUGGAAAAUAGAACUGAUGAUGUUGACAAAGUGCAAAGAGAUCUUGGUAGGAUGACCUUGGCUUCUCGGGACGAAUCCGAAGCAACUGGACCAGAAAAGCGUGUUUUCUGGAUCCUAUUUUGA